UGCAAUGAUUCAGUCAGAAUUACAAAAUCAAAGUUCGGAAAAAAGACCAUUUUAUGUUACAAAAAAAUUUGAAUUAUCUGUUGAACGAUUGCAUCCACAAUACUAUUAUCUAGUAUAUCUUGAGAAGAGAGAGUCUUGUGUUUGGUGUCAGUUUCAAUAUAUGACCAAGCAUGGAAAAUAUGAUGACAGUUCACUAUGA